UCCUCACUCCUUAUGUACAAACCUAAACAACUCAGUCAAAGAUGGUAAUGAGUACUAACCAAUCAGAGUCAGAGUAAAUUAAUUGGCGGUCCGCGGCGGCUCAACUUCCCAGCAUCGUUGUUGACUGAGUCGCUUGCUUUUCCCAGCUGAAGCACGCUGUUGAUGCAUCAGUCAGCUGCUGCACUAGGUCUCUCUGGCCUGUGUCGAGUCACGGAUCAUCUUUAUCUCAGUAAUGGCAGAACAGCCCGUGAUGCCUCCCAGGUGACUCCUAAUAAGAUAACUUGCAUCAUUAACGUCACUGAGACCAGGAGCAGCAGCCCUACUCCUCCAGGGGUGGAGGAAUACAUCCACAUCCCUGUCUCUGACUCUCCAGUGUCUCCUCUCUGCGAUCACUUUGACAGUGUUGCAGAUCAAAUACAGCUGGUGGCAGAUGUCGAUGGCCGCACUCUGGUGCACUGCAACGCCGGUGUGAGCCGCUCCGCCGCCCUGUGCAUGGCCUACCUGAUGAAGCACCGUGGUGUGACUCUCCUGGAGGCCCAUAAGUGGGUGAAGACCUGUCGACCCAUGGUGAGGCCGAAUAAUGGCUUCUGGAAGCAGCUAAUUGAAUAUGAGAGGGAGCGUCAUGGUUGCACGUCUGUCCGGAUGGUCUCCUCCUCCAUGGGAGAAAUACCAGACAUUUAUGAAGAUGAGGCCAGAAAUAUGACGCCACUAUAAGAACUUCCGGACAAUUAUGACUUCAGUUACUGUGUGUGGCCUGUGGCAAUAGCCUUCAAAUGCUUUUUAGUAAUGAUAAGAAGAAUAAAGGUUAAUGAAGAAUAUGUUGAUGCAAGGAAGAAAUUCAGCUCGUUUAAGGCUAGAAAGUACAAAAAAGCAUUUAAUUUCAUUUAAUACUUGAUUCACACAGACAGCAGGAUGUAUUGAUGAACAGCCAUUCCUCACAAACUGAAAUAAAUACCUAAAUACUAAA